UCUUCUGUGAAAAACAUCUACCUAAUAAAUACUGAGAUUGAUAAUCAUACGAAGAAGCGCUCAUCGCUCUCUCACACAAUCGAUCGAAAUACGCACACUCGAUGCUAUACUCAAGUUCCACAGAGUGAAAGAGAACAUCAAUACGACAGCAACAGCAGCAACAAAACGAGAGAGAGAAAUAUAUAUAUAUAUAUAAGAAUGACGAUUGAAGAGGUGACUCUGAGUGGAUAAAACAAAACACAUGAAAGACAUAAACGAAUUACGCAUAGUACCGCAAGCACAAAAACACACAUAUCGGGUGUAACGAGUGAGAGAUUUUGUGCACGCUUUUCGACAUUCGAGCUCAAAGAACUAAAAAAAACGGCUAUUAUACAAGGAUUAAAGCGAUUAUAAAUAAAUAAAAUGUCAUAAUUUUGUGUUUUUAUAAAUCAAAACGAUUCAAAACGAUAAAUUCAGAAAACGAAUCGAGAGACUGAUAUUUUUUGAUUUGAAAAGAAAAAGAGAAGAGGCAGACACAUUAUUAGUUUAAUUGUAGGCAGUUGUGCAACGCGAUCGAUUUUUUUUGCUGUGUUUCACUUUGACAAACACACGUUUUGUUCCAGUUCAGUUGAUACGAGCGAAUCGCAACUAAGUUCCAAUUAAGUGAUAAGCACAAAUGUUGCCGCCCAGCGCUCACAAACAGUGAACACGGUUUUUCAAGUGGAUUAUCAAAUAGUUCCGUGGGAAAAUUAUUAAAAGGUGUAGAAUCAAAUGUGGCCACGGUGAAAAAUAUUUAACGUUCAAAUAAAUUUCCGAAUGUAGACUAAAUGAUAGAAAAACAUUCAACUCUAAAUAAAAUAACCGAAAAAGAAAAGUAAAAAAAACAAGAAAAUAAAAUCGAGAAAUUCAAUCCGAAUCGAAACUAAUUAUGAAUAAAUUUGAUAAAAGAGAGACAGAGCAAAAGAUUUCGAAAUACGGCCGAUGACAGAAAGCCAGAAAAAAAAUUCCAGAAUUUUUUUUAAUUCGGUGGUUUGUGUAUAAUUAUGAUCUUUCAAUUUUGAUAAGUCGUAUGAGAAUUGGAAUCCGGUUAAGAUUUCAACUUGAACCUUAGACACACGAUACUUAGAAAUAUAUAGGUGAAUAACGACGUCGUUAAAAUCGAUUAAAUUUACAUAUUUACGGAAAAAAAUAGUAAUAUGUAUGUAGUGUGUUUUACUGUAACAGAGCACGAUCAGCACGAUAUUGGUGACGGGAAUGAGUCAUAAACAUAAUGAUUUUUGCUUAUUGUCAUUAUAAAUAUUUGCAACGAUUGUUGAUUUAAAAAAAAACGUAACAGAAUUAUAAAAAUCUGAAUUAAGAAGAAACAACGGCGACGACAACAAUAACGACGGCCGUGUAUCUCAUCAACGGUUCUCCGAACAAUCGAAUGUAUGGAUGCAGAUUAAGUGUGAUUCGUAUGGUAUGGGAAUCCCACAUGUGUUUGUUUGUUAUUAAACGCUAAAAACGUCAGAAACUAUAAAUAAAAACUGAUUACACGUUGUUCUAUGCUCUCACUCUCUCGCAUCGAUCGUUAUUGUUCUUAACGACGAACACGUAGUUGUUUUUUUGUUUCAGUCUCUUUCGCAAAAUUGCAAAGAAGAAGAAAAAAAACGGAGUGUGAUUUUUUGUUGUAUCCUCAAUGCAAAGAGAAACAAAAAACAAAGCAAAUGAUGAUCAUAGACACAAUAUCUAAAUGCAAAAUCGAAACAAACACACAUUGAUAGAGCUGGCAAACCAUUCGCGCUGAUUUGAUUUGAUAUAUUCGCAAAGUGCUUGUGCAAUAAACUUGAAAUCAAUUGAGAGAGCGGUAAAAAUAUCAAAUUGUGAAUUUAAAAUUUGAAAAGCAAAAAAAAAGAGAACUACAACAACUCACAUGAGAGACUCUUGAUAGAUGUAAACAUACAUAUAUGAAUAGACGAACAAAAAGAACGAAGAACAGGAAAAAAGUGACGGUUAAUAUUGAGCUCACAGUGCAUGUGCACACACAUCAAAAUCCAUAAAAUAAUUAACAUAGCUAACCUUUGAUCAGGAAUCAUUUUUCUCGGCGUUGCUCUCAACAUCCUCUCCUCGCGCUGAUUCCAUUUUGGCUCGGCGGAUUCAUUCGGGAUUUUGCUGCAUCUCUCUCACCACAAAACGACACACAUUCAAUCAUUAACACAAUUUUCAUACUUCAUUCGUUCACUCUCUACCUCUCUUUCUCUCUCUCACACACCCAUUGCUCGUUCUUUCUCUUUUUCUCUGGAGCUUUUUUUUCUUCUUCUCUUAAUGUUUUAAUGAACAAGUUAAUCAAGCAAGAGAGCCAAGAGAAACAAACGCACGCUGGUGCCAGUGCAUGUGAACGGUCAAAGUAAUAAAACCGACGAAUAUUAUUGAGCAUUGAUCGUCUCAUGCACACACACACGAAACAACAAAAAAUAAAAAUAAAAUAAACGACGCAAAUAAAAACGAAAAAUAUUGGCACACAGAAAAUGCAACAGACUCACCGUCAAAUGAACGAAAACCAACGAAAAAAAAAUUGCUCAUGGAAUAUUGUGAAUUAUUUGACGAAAGACAAAAUAAAAUUGUAUGAUCGUACAAAUUAAAACUGCAUGCAGCAAAUCGACACAUCAACAAUGGCAUUAAUUGCACAUUUUCAUAAUAAGUUCGUUGUGUGUAUCUAUCUGAUUUUGAGUUGUGACUUUUUUUAUGCGAUCGGUGUUGCGCACUUUUUCAGCAGUGAUGAUAAUUAACAUCAACCAAAUAAUAGCAGCAAUAUCAAAAAUUAAAGAACGUCACAACGUACACAAAUAAUAAAAAGCAGAACUUUAGCGUGAACCUCUUUGCAGUGACACGAAAAGACAAAAGCAGCAGGCGGUGGCACUGGGUCGAUAAUUGAAUUAAAUUACGUGCAAAAGCAAAUGCAAUCAAUACUAAAUUAAACGGAUGAAACAAAAAUAAAAACGUCAUUUUUCUCUUUCAUGAAAGAAAAAAGAAGAAGAAGAAGAAGGUAAAAUUAAAAUUGAACACCCGACAGAUCAGAGAGCCUCCAACGAAAUAAGUAUAUUUAUUUUUGAAAUAAAUACGAAAAGAAUACUAUGCUUCGAUUUGCAUUGAACACGCAGUGUUGUGAAUUGAUGCGACGACGACGACGACAUCAACACCGACUACGACGACAACUUACUCACCGGGAAUAAGGAGAAAGAGGUUUUUUUUCUUUCAUUUCGCUCGUGUGUGUCUUGGUUUCGGUUUUAAUUAAGCAAAAAACGUGCAUGGAUGAACAAAAAAAAAUUUCGUUGUUUUCGGGUCAAGCCAUGUUUCAUUUCGGUUCAUGAAUGCAACAUUGAUGCUGCCACAAGGCAAUAUGUACAUAUAUAUCUGUAUUGCACCACACCAAAAUUGCGCACAUCUCAUCACCACCACACUUUUUUUGCUUCGCAUUUAAUACGGAACACUUCUUUAAGCAAAAGCAGAAUUAAUACCAGCGACAAAAGGCUGUUUCUUUUUUUGUUUUUGAUUGCUUACCAAUAAUAAAAUCUGAUAUCUCCCACACUCAUUAAACAAUAUUUUCACUCCUGCUUAAAUUUAAAUGAUAUAAAAUGCAUCGGUGUCAAUUGUUGUGAUGAAAUAGUGAACAUAGAAAACCGUAAAUGAAACUAAAACUCAUGCAAAAACUGAACUGAUUUUGAAUGACGUAGUUAUCUUUUUUAAUCCUUCUCGUCAGAAAUCGUUUGACGCAAAUAAACUGAAUUAAAAUAAAAAGAAAUAUUUAAUCAAAAGAAGUAAAGAAAUUCGGAACAGCAAUCACCCAAAGGAAGAAUGUUUUUCUUUACCUAAAUUAGUGUUUAUUUACGAUUUAUUUUAUGUGAAUGUGCACUUUUAAGGUGGAUUUUUAAGGUGUUUUUACGACAAAAUCGAAGCGGAAAAAAGACAAUAAACAGUUUUCACGCGAACAUUCUUUUAUGAAGAAAAAAAAAAUCCGUAUCAAUUCACAAUUAUAUAUGAUAAUCGACAGAGAAUCAAAAUAAGAAAAAUCAAGAGAAAAAAAAUAAAAUCGUGCUUGGCAUUCCCUUGAUUGAUGUGCAAUUUCGAAAACAAAAGCGUUCAGUGUGAACAAUACGAACAAAAAAAAACCAACAACAACAACAGUUUCAUCUUCAGUUCAAAAUUCAGCAUUGCGCAUACAAGCCACCAACUGAAUCCGAAUCUGUGAUCACAACAGCAGCAGUUAUUUUGUAACAAGAUACAUACAUACAAUCGGAUAAUUCGAUAAGCAACACUUUCGGAACACACUUUUCGACCGUGAUUUCCAUUUCCUCGAGCAAACAAGCAACAACAAAAAUAACCAAGAUGAAUCAGCAGUGUAAGGUUUGCGGCGAACCGGCGGCAGGCUUCCAUUUCGGUGCAUUCACAUGCGAAGGAUGCAAGUCAUUUUUCGGGCGCACGUACAACAAUUUGUCAUCAAUAUCGGAAUGUAAAAACAAUCGCGAUUGCAUCAUAAAUAAAAAAAAUCGUACGUCAUGUAAGGCAUGCCGUUUGCGUAAAUGCUUAUUGGUUGGUAUGUCGAAAAGUGGCUCUCGAUUUGGACGUCGAUCAAAUUGGUUUAAAAUCCAUUGCUUGCUGCAAGAGCAACAGCAACAACAACAACAGCAACAACAACAACAAAGCGAACAACGUGAGAGGAAGAGCUCAACGUCCGACACUAAACUUACCGAACCAACAGAAUCGAUUAGACACAGUGAUACUGGAACACCAUCUUCGAAUCGUAUUCACGAUUCGGCCGCCAAUUUUUUGUUCUCCACAUCGAUGGCACUGGCAAUGAAGGCACAACGAAAACGAAAGAAAUCAUCUAGCGAUUCGGGCGCCUCGUCUACUACCGACGAAAAUCGCCCACGAUCUCGAUGCUACAGUCCAACGACACAACAACAUCUCUUCCUCAAUGGUCAGAAGAAUUUCCACUUUACCAACAAUCGAUUCUUUUCAACCACAUCAACGAUUACAUCACAAUUACUGUCAUCAUAUGGUGUAUGCAUGAUGACACCGCCAACGGCCAGUCCUGCCACCGCAACAAUGUCACCACCGUCGGCAACAAGCCUUAACCUCUACGUGCAAAAUGAACCGAUCGACUUAUCAAUAAAAUCCAAUCGAUAGAAUUUAUGCGCACAUUCUAUAUACGUACUACACACAUAUCGUCCAGAAAUGCAUUUUCGUGACCCCAAUGAUACAUUCAUUCAUUAAACUACUUUUUUUCGAAAUCACAAACUCUCUUCAUACUUUUUUUUUACUUAUUACAGAGAGAGAAUUUUGACUCAUUCAUAUUGCUCGACAUUUUUUUUUCUUUAAUUUUUUUUAUUUAUUUAUUAUUAUGUGCAUAAGAACAUUCCAUAUAAAAUUGUAUGUAUUGGCUUUGUAAGCGAAUUUUUGUUUUAAAUGUUACAAAUAUUUAAUAUUUAUUGCAAGCGCCCAGUUUAAAUGUUUAAGAUAUGAAUAUACAAACUCUGUGUGUAAGUUUUAUUAAUAUUUACGACAACCAACACAAUUUUAGCUAUUUCGUUGUACAACAUAUAAAUAUAUUAAUUUUCGUAGUUAAAUUAAGUCGCAUAAAAAAAAUUGGCAGAGAUGACAGAGUGUCUUUUAUCGCACACUUUAUUAGAAAUUAUCAUUUUCUCUAUUUUACACGCGCACAAAACCUAAUGAAUCGUUGAUGUAGCUUAAAAAGGCUGAAUUACUUAAAAAUGAAUGCAACUGGUGCAGACCAUCGUCAGUUUUAUAAGAAUUUUGAAUAUUUAUAAUAUUAAUCAAGUUUAUUUAUUCUGUUGGUUAGUUUCAAUUGUUUUAUAUUCAGUCGUCAUAUAAAACGUACACAUUUUCGAAAUGAACAAUUUUCAUCAGAUGAUUUUCGUAAUAAAAGAAUAAAAAUUUCUUUUUAAAAAUAUACUAUUUAGAUACAAAUACUACUUUGUCAGGUUUAAAUGUUUCGGAGCACAAACUAUACAUAUAAAGCAAUUUGAUCAAAUUUAAUUUGAAAAAUACAAAAUCAAAACUCAUUCCCUUUAAUAGCGAAAAUCAUUUAUACUGGAAUCGAGAAAUUGUGAACGUUUUAAUUAUUAUUUGUUUAUGUAUCGAAUAAAUAUGGUGAAUUUUUGAAAGUGUCCAUAUUUAUCGCCGCAUCGAAUAUUGAAACAUUUGACUACGAAAAAUGCAUAUAAAAUAUUUUGUUCGACUUUUGUAAAAACCCUACAGACAUAACUUUUUUUCACUCGAAAUACAGUCGAGAUACAUUUUAAACUAAUAUUUUUCUUAAUAUGAAAACCGAUUAUAACUAUUUGAAAUUCAAAAUAAAUUACUGAAGAUGAAAAAGCAAGGAGACAAUUUUUUUUCUCGGAAGAUUGGAAUAAUUCCUCAUGUAAUGUGCAUGUGUUUGUGGAAAGUAAAUUUAAAUUAAUAUUGAUAGUGAAUGGAAUAGACAUUGCAUUGGAUUAAAGGGCACUAUUUAAGAUUGUACUUAAGACAUUAAGAUAGAUUAAGAAAUUUAAUUGAUAGUAAAUUUGAGUGGUCAGUAAUCGGGCAGCAUCGAUUUGGGAUUGAUUAAAGGCCAGACAAUUCAAUAACUAAACUCUAACU